AUGACUGGCCCAAUCACGGAGUUCAUUAUCCUAACGCUCAAGAACCACGCCACCUCCCCCUCCCAGCCUCCUGCGGCCUGGUCUGACGUUACGGACACUCUGAAAUCCGUCCCCGGUGUCGAUGCCGUAUACACGGGCACCCAGAUCGAGGACCCCUCCAAGACGGUCCUCGUCGUGCAAUGGGCCUCCCCCGAAGCCUUCUCCGCCUUUGCCGCUUCCGAGUCCUACAUGCCUUGGUUCGCCUCCCUCAAGGCCGUCUCCGCCCACGCCUCCCCCGACACCCCGGGCACCGCUCCGCCGCUCUUCUACAAGGUCCCCUUUACCGCCGACUCUGACCCAGCUGCGGUCCUAGGCGCGCCUUGCACCGAGGUCUUUGUCGCCUAUGGCGUGGACGACUCCUUCGCGGGCCGGACGGCCGACUUUGCCAAGGGCCUGGCAGAUGGGAGAGCUUCGGUAGAGGGGUUCCACGGGCAUGCAUAUGGUGAGAUUUCGACGCCUCUCGCUUGGGAGGGGUCCGGCGAUGGGGAGAAGGGACCCGCUGUGACGCUGCUGCUGGGUUGGGAUAGCAAGCAGGCGCAUCUUGACGCCAAGGCCAGGCCUGGACCGAUAUCCAACAACAUUGAUCUGCUAAGAACAGGCCGCAAGGGCAUUUCCAUGUAUCACGUAAACCUGAAGCGGCUUUGA